AUGGCUUUCUCACUCGCUGAGCAGAGCGUGUUUUCCCUUGCUGGCGCUGGUCUCUGCUGUUUUCUCUUCUACCUCACGCUCCGCGCUUUCUACCGUGUAACCCUUCAUCCACUCGCCUCCUACUCGGGACCAACCUUAUGGUCUAUCUCCGACCUUCCCUCCGCCUACCAAACUUUCCGGGGUACGCUUCCAUUCAAGAUCUCCUCUCUGCACGCCAAGUACGGACCUGUUGUACGCAUCGGACCUAAUGACCUGACGUAUAUCGUGGAGGAAGCAUGGACGGAUAUCUAUGCGCGCAAGGUCGAAUUGAGGAAGGACCCGAGCCAGUUUGUGAUUGUGGGAGAGGAGAAGAUACCAGGGCUCCUGACCUCCCCGGACGAGCAGGCACAUUCUAGAAUGCGGUGGUUGUGGCUGACGGAAGGCUUUCGCAGACGCAAUCUCGCUCACGGCUUUUCCGAGAAAGCUUUGCGGGGCCAGGAGUAUAUCAUUCGGGGCUAUGUUGACUUGCUGAUGCAGCGACUACACGAGAACUGCGGGAAAGGUACUGUUGAUAUAGCGAAGUGGUUGAACUUUGCUAGUUUCGAUAUUAUUGGGGACUUGACCUUUGGAGAAUCCUUCAGCUGUCUCGAGACGUCUGAAAUGCAUCGGAGAGAGAUGUUGAUGAAAAAACAGUUCUGGGUACAGCUGAUAUUCGAUAACCUGAAAUCAAUAUCACUUCUCGGCCUGAUGAAGAAGUUCCCGCCGCUUGAUAAGAUCCUUCUUUCUCUACUCCCAAAGAAUGCCAUGGAAAAGCAGCAGGAGCAUCUAGCACUCACAGAAGCCAAAAUGAUGAGGAGAUUGGAGUCUCAAGAAAGCCGUCUCGACUUCCUUUCGGAAGUCCAAAAUCAGAUCAAUACACCGUCUGGAAUGAGCAAGGCUGAAUUGCUACCCACAGUCAACCUCCUCAUUGUAGCAGGCUCCGAAACAACGGCCACCUUGCUAAGCGCCACAAGCUACUUCAUCCUAACCAACCCAUCCUGUCUCUCCAAACUCCAAGCAGAAGUUCGAAACGCAUUUAAAACGGAAAAAGAAAUCAAUAUCGUUAGUGUGAACAGCUUGAGCUACAUGCUAGCUAUCUUGAACGAGGUGCUGAGAUUAUACCCCCCUUCGCCAGCGAGCUUCAACCGAUUGACGCCACCUGGUGGCUGUCAGAUCGUAGGGAAAUUCGUGACAGGCAAUACAAGCGUGGCAGUCAACCAAUGGGCUGCGAAUCACUCUCCUACUAAUUUCGUCCGGGCCGAUGAAUUUAUACCCGAGAGAUGGAUGGGAGGUGACGAGUUUGCGGGAGACAACAGGAGGGCAGUGCAACCAUUCAGCGUGGGCCGAAGGGAUUGUAUUGGAAGGAAUCUGGCGUAUGCGGAGAUGAGGCUGGUUCUUGCACGACUGGUGUGGAAUUUUGAUAUGGAGCUUGCUGAAGCGAGUAGAAAUUGGAUGAAGAACUUGAGGGUUUUCUUGGUGUAUGAGAAACGUCCUCUGAUGGUUCAUUUGCAGCCAGUUGUUAGGGGCUGA